AGAAAGUGGAUUUUAGGGUUUUGAGGCGGGAUUAGGGUAUCCAGAGGCAUGGCGCAGGCGAUGGAGCCCAUUCGUCCCCUCUGCCGCAAGCGCCGGCUGCCGCGAGGUAAUCUUAGCUGCGGGGAUCAAUAGAUUUGACGCGCCGGCCAUUCUCGUAGCUGGUUUGCCGAGAUUUAGGGGGGCUGUAGCUUGAAUCGCCGCCGUGGGGAUCGGCGAGGGCUCUGGGGAAGGCAGGUGGGCUACUGAUGGCGGAUCCGCCCAGUGGCCCAUCUGCCUGUGGUAGCGCACAGGGAAAGCUUGUAGAUUUUCUAGUCCAGGAUCGUCAUUCCAUAGAGGCAGUAUGCUGAGCGUCCUGCGCUUGCAUUUACCGUCGGACAUUCCUAUUGUAGGCUGCGAGCUCUCUCCCUACGUCCAACUACGGCUUCCCGAUGGGACUACCACGACUGACGACGUUCCAGUAACAUCUCCCAUCGAUGGAUACUAUCUUAGGUGGAAAUGGUGCCGAAUCCAAACUGACAAGAGAGCAUCCGUGUGUAGCGUGCAUCCCUCGGAGCCUGCGACUCUUCAGUGUAUAGGCUGUUUGAAAGCUAAGCUGCCAGUGAGCAAGAGCCUCCACUGCUCGUCCAAGUGCUUCUCCGAUUCAUGGCGUCAUCACCGGGCUAUGCAUGCACACGCCACAAACAUUGCUCGAGAGAAUGGGGCCGAGGAAGACGAGUUGUUUGGACGGGGUGGGUCUGUAGGCGGGGGUGCUCCAGUGAGCAACGGUAUCAUAGGAGGGCCUACGAAGACACAGGACCAGAACGGAACAGAGAUAUGGGAAGUAGGCUCUGUGAAAACGUAUACGCCGACGGAAGAAGACGUAGGACAUGCUCUCAAGCUGGAGUGCGUGGUUAUGUCGACGGCCACGGGCAUGCCAACAGGGGGACUCUCUAACUCUCUUCUCACACAACGGGUUAUUCCAGCUCCGUGUCCACCACCCAGGAGAAUGGUUCAAGUGAACACCAUUGACGGGCUUGAGUUGGAUGGUCGGCUGGGGGCUCCAGGAUCUUUCACGGUUCUGUCAUACAAUGUACUGGCUGAUUUGUAUGCCACCAGCGACAUGUACAGCUAUUGCCCCCAGUGGGCUCUCUCGUGGGCCUACCGACGGCAAAACCUGCUGCGCGAGAUUGUGGGCUAUCGAGCGGAUAUCCUGUGUCUGCAAGAGAUUCAAAGCGACCACUUUGACGAGUUCUUUGCUCCGGAACUUGAGAAGCACGGAUAUUCGGCGGUUUACAAGAAAAAGACUGCAGAGGUCUAUGCUGCGGGGGUGUACACUAUUGAUGGUUGUGCUACAUUUUAUCGCAAUGAUCGGUUCUUACAAGUCAAAAAAUACGAGGUGGAGUUCAAUAAGGCAGCACAAUCGUUUUCAGAAGCUUACAUGCCCUCUGCUCAAAGAAAAGCAGCUCUCACCCGCCUUCUCAAGGAUAAUGUCGCUCUCAUUGUGGUGCUGGAGGUCUUGGAUUAUCCAGACCCGUCUAAAAAGCAAUUGAUCUGUGUGGCCAAUACUCAUAUUCAUGCGAAUCCUGAGCUGAAAGACGUGAAACUAUGGCAGGUGCAAACUCUUCUUAAAGGUCUGGAGAAGAUUGCCGCAAGCGCGGAAAUUCCCAUGCUUGUUGCUGGUGAUUUUAAUUCUGUUCCUGGCAGCGCUCCACACUCCCUCCUGGCCACAGGAAGAGUCGAACCAACUCACCCGGAGCUUGCCAUUGAUCCUCUUGGAAUUCUAAGACCUGCGAGCAAGUUGUGCCACCAAUUGCCUCUGGUAAGUGCGUACUCAGCAUUAUCGCGGCGUGAUGGUAGCAACGAGCCCCUUUUCACAAAUUGCACGAGAGAUUUCCUUGGUACGCUGGACUACAUAUUCUACACCGCGGAUUCAAUAGUGGUGGAUUCACUACUCGAGCUUUUGGACGAGGAGAGCUUGCGGAAAGACACAGCGCUCCCUUCUCCAGAGUGGUCGUCAGAUCAUAUAGCGUUACUGGCGGAGUUUCGGUGCAGACCUUCCAGGCUGAGGAGGUAGCAAGGGGGAAAGCUUUUGUAAAAGAGAGAUUCUUCUCUUGGAGAGCCAGGCUCGAUGAGAAGGGAAUGUCCAAAGUAAAAACAAGCAAAAACUAGGAUCAACUGUGUUGUGUGGAAAA